CCUUGUUUUUCGCAAUUAAUUCGUUCUAAUUAGUGCCAGAUCGCUUUUCAAAAUGACCAGCAAGAAGGUAAAGGUCGAGUCCAAGGAGCAGGCGGAAGCCCAGCAGAUGGACGCGAAAACCGACUCCGAGGGGGACUCUUCCGACGACGAAAAUCCGGACAUUUACAAGGGGGAUGAGGGAAUCACCGUUGACUUUGAAGGUCGCAAUCCGAUCGAUUCGGAUCUGGACGGAAUCAAGCAGAUGCUGGGACAGCUCUUCGUCAAGGCACACAUCGACCUGAGCGAGCUUUCGGGGAUAAUCAUCGGUCAAAACUACGUGGGAAGCGUUCUGAAGCAAGCGUACACCGACGACGACGAUGAGGACGAGGACGACGAAAUGGAGGAAGAUCCUUGCCAGGUCGUGUUCGGCGUCACGACCGCCAUCAAUCUGGCCAACAAGCAGGACCUGAACUGUGUCAAGCAGCUUCAGAAGAUGGUCUUUGAAAAAGCGGAAAAGUACGCAACCGAGUCCGUGCUGGCGCAGUUCCGCGAGGCCCUCACAAGUGGCAACAAAUGUACGGCCCUCCUCCUGAACGAGCGAUUCGUCAACAUUCCGGCCGCGGUGUGCGUGCCUAUGUUCGAGAACCUGCUGACGGAAAUCGAACGCGCCAAGACGAAGGGCAUGCCGUACAAGUUCGACUACUUUCUGGUGUUUGUCAAGUACUACCAGAAGGCGGCCAGCGGAGCCAAAGCUGCCGAAGUUCUGUACUCGAACGACGAGGAGGAGUACUUCAUCAAGGAUUGCGCGGCCAGCUUCGACUACUCGGUGCAGAAGGAAACGACGACGGCCCUGGCCGGAAACUGGCUCGAGGAGGACGAGGAGCUGCAGCCGUUCCGGAAGGUGCUGCUGAUCGAGGCCAGCAAGCUGCCGGAGACGAUCAACACGAUCAAGAGUUUGGUUGCGAGUGCAACCAAUAAUUAAGUGGAAUAAAAAUAAUUUGGAUUUCUAUAAAA